AUGAGUAGGCGCAAACCAGUUGGCGGUUCAAUCGACUACCAAGCACUCGAUAAUAUUACUUUCAGUCCGGAGCCGCUGUCAACACCUGCGGCUGGCAACAAGAAAAUACUCCUACCUUUAUCCUUUGAAAGAUCUUUGAGUGAUGGUGACGAUGUCUCCUAUAGUAAAAGGAAAUCCGCGCAGAUUUCCGUGCCUCAAUCUGUUUCUUGGGGAGUUCAUUGGAAGAAACCAUCCUUUAUUGGAUUCAUGUUUUUUUCUGGAUUGGCCCUUUCGCUAGCUCAUCACUUUUAUUACAUGUCAUUGAGUGGCGAAAGAACCGGCGAUGAAACAAAACAAGCAUGGCCCACGCGUAUUGGCACCGGACUUGCUUUUCUAGUCACAUCUUGUUUAAAAGCAACCACAACCGCUGCUCUCGGGCAAUAUAUUUGGAGGGUUGUCAAACGCCAACCAUUGACGAUGAAAAACUUGGACCGUUUGUUCGCAUUGUCAACGGAUCCUAUAGCUUUGUUCAGUAUCGAGCUUCUAAAAGGCGCAAAACUUGCUAUUCUGUUAGGCACCAUCACCUGGCUUUUAGGGCUUGCAAGCGUUGCUCCUGCAGCAACUUUGACAAUUGUUGCAAGAAACAUCACAGAGGAAGUGCGUUUGCCAGUUCUUGAUUUCACCAAAGCCAUCUGGAACAAUUCUAUGGAUGGCGAGUGGGACGCAGUUUUGGUGACAAACACCAUCGCUAUAAAUACAGCCUCGAACAUCAAUGUGUUGGGAUUAUCUCGGCAAGUCGCAGGAUCAGAAUGGUCCUAUACUUUGCAAUUUUAUGGCCCUUCCAUAAAGUGCAACGAACCAAACAGCACACAGCAAGCCGUAUUCGACAACAUUACCAAGUAUUAUGAACAACAGAACAUCUUUACUUACACUGACCAAAAUGACCAUCGGACAAACACAACGUUUGAUGUGAGCUCAAGAAAAAUUAUUUACGCAUCAUGGAGCACUUGGUAUGCAUCAGGUACACCAAAUAAGGUAGAUAGUCCACGGCCACUAGCAGAGCAAGUUUCUCCCUAUCCUCAAUUAUGGAUACAAACUUCAACUUCGGAACUGGUGUGCUCUGCGGUUAACGCAUCAUUUAACAUAGCUGUCUCAUAUGUGGAUGGAGUCCAGUAUGUUACUCAGCAAGAUAUUAAGAUAAUUGGAGAUUAUAACCUCUCGUAUGUGAAUGUCGAUAGUAUAGAAAGCGGUACUACUGUCACAGAUUCAAAUGGAGUAAUAAGUAUGAGCGCAAACGGUGCCAUGGAAGAAGCAUUGUGGAGUGAAUAUGUUCCACAUAUGUACGCCCUUGGAGCUAUUCUUGGCGGAAACAUUACAUUGCAAGACUUUACUCUCACCAACGAUCAAAAUGUCCGACAAUAUAGCCGAUACGGGGCAACAAAUGUUCUUGGAACGGGGUUAAUGGCUUGCGACGAAAUUGCAAAUACCCCAUUCAAGAAUGAGAGUUCAUAUCUUAUCCACGAUCCUUCUUCAACGUUCACUAACACCUUCACUUCCACUAAUCAACCUUGGUUAUGCAGAAAUCGAACCUUGGCUCGUGGUAUUGAAGACCUAGCAAACAACAUCACCAUCAGUUAUCUCAGUUCCCCGGAUUUGACGAGGGACGGCGAUCCGCAAACCAUCGUCACCUCCAACACGAACAAUUACUAUGUAUAUCACCCGCUAUGGCUUCUUAUAUCGUACGGUCUAGCUCUAUUAUUUUCUUUUAUAGCUGUAAUCAUCGGCGUCUAUGCCAUGCAUUCAAAUGGAGUGGUACAUUCCAAUUCUUUUUCGGCCAUCGUCGCUACUACUCGAAACCCGGAAUUGAACGAAUGUCUGGGAAGGUCAUCACUGGGCGCGGAGCCAUUGCAAAUAGAUGCUGAAAACCGUAGGUUGAAGUUCGGUCCUAUGCUGGAUUCAACUAAAACAGGCGAUUUGAAGAAUAUUAGUAGAGAAUCCGAAAGUCAAUGGGGGACGGAUGAGAAAAUGCCUCAUGUUGCAUUUGGGUUGGAACAGAAUGUUGGACAAUUGAGGAAAAGAGAAAUGUACAUUUGA